AGAUAGACUGAUUAAUGACAGUUUACAUUAGAUGAAAUAUUAGGUUAUGUCAGAUUUUUUCAAAACAAACAAACAAAAAUGAUAAUCUCAAAGUUGAUUAAAAUUAAUAACUCUUCCGCUCUACAUCGUUUAAAAUAUAAAAAUUUAAACUUUAUUCGUUGUUUUUCCGAUGAGGCAGGCUCGCAUUUUGAUAUCGUCAUCGCUGGAGGUGGUAUGGUUGGUACAACUUUGGCCUGUACUCUAGGUAAAAAUAAAACACUGAACAACAAAAAGAUCCUGCUACUAGAAGCAAGCGUCAAUAAGCCCUGGAUAAAAUCUGAUAAGUACAGCAACAGAGUGGUUUCCCUAAAUCCAGGAACGCAUAAAUUGUUUGAAGACAAUGGAGCCUGGGCCUUUAUUGAGCAACAUCGGUUUCACAUUGUUAAAAGAUUAGAGGUAUCAGACGCUUUAUCUGAAACUUCAAUAACUUUUGGCAAAUCUGAACAUACUGAUACAAUUUCCUAUAUGGUGGAGAAUGAUUUGGUUUUAGAAGCGGCUAAAAAUGAAGCACAAAAAUGCAACAACUUGAAGAUACUUUAUGGUGCCAAAGUGAAGAAUUAUGUCCUGCCGGAUUAUCAUAGUGAUGUUUCGAAUAUUGAAUUGGAAAAUGGAGAAAAAUUUACUUGCGAUUUAUUGCUAGGCUGCGAUGGAUAUAAUUCAUCAGUGAGAAAAGCCAUGCAAGUUGACUAUGUAUCCUGGAAUCACAAUCAAAUGGGCGUUGUUGCCACAUUGAAAUUUUCAAAUAAAUUCGAUAAUGAAAUUGCUUUCCAAAGGUUUUUGCCUACUGGUCCAGUGGCCUUACUUCCUCUCACGGAUGAAUUGAGCUCUCUAGUUUGGUCAACCACUCCUCAAGAAGCCAAAAGAUUGUUGGGCAUUUCCGAAGAGGAAUUCGUUGCUGAAAUAAAUAAAGCAGUGUGUGGACCAUGGAAGCAGUCGUCAACAGUUCUGCAAGCAACAAGUGCCUUUGAUACCCUACUAAGAGCGCUCAAUUGCUCUAGGGAUCAUUCGAGGAAACGGCCGCCGAAGAUAGAAUCUGUUGAACCAGGAAGUCGUGCAGCUUUUCCUUAUGGUUUUGGCCAUGCCAGUCAGUAUAUCAGAAAAGGGGCGGCGUUAGUCGGGGAUGCAGCCCACAGAAUUCAUCCACUAGCUGGCCAAGGUGUAAACCUAGGAUUCGGCGAUGUAGCUUGUCUAAAUAAAGUUUUAGGUGAAGCUGUUUAUUCAGGAAGUACUUUGAGUGAUCUUAACCACUUAAAAGACUACGAAUCGGCAAGACAAAAGCAUAAUGUUCCUACAAUGUUGGCCGUCGAAGGUUUGCACCGGCUUUACAAUACUGAUUUUGCGCCUGUGGUUCUUUUGAGAGGUUUAGGUUUGCAGGCUACCCAUGCUUUGGAACCACUCAAGAAAAUCAUUAUGGCUCAAGGAGCAGUAUAGCAAAUCGAUGACUGAAAUACCAUUGAAAAUGUUUUUUUGUUACUUAUUUAAAUGUACCUACAUUCUUUUUAGAAAUUGUUCAUACAGUUUUAUUUAUUAAUAAACUAUUUAUGUUCUUCGUUUCAAAUUA